AUGCCGUGUGGUGAGAAGCUUGCACAGAGGACACGUUGGAAGUUGGAUGAUGACGGUUUCCACUUUACAACAUUCAAGUUAAAAGAGAUUCUUAAUGGUAUGAUUAAAGGUUUUGAAAAAUGUCAGUUCCACAAUAGCCUCCCAGGAGCCAUACGCAGAGAUGUUCCCUAUUACCGUGAUCUGGCCGAGAUAUACGACGAGUACGGUCGCUGGCCCCACACACAAAUAUCCAGAACAAUGGAAAUGAGGACCAGCAGAAAAUUCAGACUGAGGCUCCAGGUGAGUCAGCAACUGUGGUCAGCAGAGGAGUCAAGGGCACUACUACAAGUGUAUCCUGAUGUGCUGGAGUCCCACGUCAGUCAAAAUUUGAGCCACCAGACCAGUGAUCUCUGGCUUCAGGUUGCCAAGGCUUAUGCUGCUACAGGAUUCCCAAAGAGAGAUGUUCCCGAGGUAUGUUAUGUGAAGAAUUAACCUUAACA